UUCCAUUCUAGUUCUUGUAACUGUACAAACGUUACAACUUCCAUAUUUCCACUUCCCAAGUGUGGAUAAACAGUUACAUCCAUCCAUCCCUUCAUUUUCUUUCUCAUAAAAGACGAAAUUUCCUCGCCCUAGGACUCCCACACCCCGACCUAACAGGAUAGUGGAUGUGUAAAUCACGGUUACUCAACAGCCCAGUGCCCAUAAGGGGCCCACCGCGUUCGGUGUAACUCCCACUUCCGUGCGGUUGCCACAAUUUACUAUCCAGAAACCAACUUAGUUGCCUGUUGCGGGCUCCAUUUCUUGAUUUUGUGGUUAACCCUACAAAUUGCCCACAAAACCCACUUUCAAAAUCUACGGAUGAGAGCAAAGCAAGAAUGGGAAUGCAAAGGUGCAAAUUUGUGGUUGUAGUUGUAGUGGUGAUUGCUUUGAAGUAUCAAUCAUUUGCAGUGCAACACAUGGUGGGAGAUGACUCUCAUUGGACAAUUCCACCCAACAAUGACUUCUAUAGUAAUUGGUCAUCUUCCCAACUUUUCCAACCUGGAGACACUCUUUUGUUUGAGUUUGAUGAAGUGUUUUACAAUGUGAUGCAAGUAUCAAAAAGAGAGUAUGAUGACUGCACAGCCAAUCAGCCCUACCAAGCUUUCAAAGAUGAUGGUCCAGUGACCAUUAACCUCAGAGAACCAGGAAUCUUUUACUACAUUUGCAGUGUCUUGAACUAUUGUUCACUAGGCCAGAAACUUAAUGUUACUGUCCAGCUGCCCAAGUCUUCGCCGUCGUCACCGGUGCCAGAGACUUCUCCGGCCCGUAGUUAAUGCUAUGAACUGGUCAAACCUCGUUCACCAACCUAUGUCACAAUGACAAUGAAUAAACUCUAUUUAUAUAUA